AUGACCAGAGUUGACAAAUUGGAGAAUGAGGUCAGCAAGUUCACUACUAAUGUCAACCAAGCGUACGAAAGGCUUUUAUCACUGGAACGUUACUCAAGAGAUUUCAACCUACGAAUUUACAAUAUUCCCAAGGGCUCAAAUGAGAACUGUAUUGAAAAAUUGAAGACCACACUAUCUAACAAUUUGGGCAUCAAACCCGUGAUAGAGAACGCGCAUAGGAUUUGGGGACCCAGGACUGGUGCUUCAAAUGACCUGAGACCUGUCAUUGCCAAGUUUCUUUAUCAACUGGAACGUCUUCAGGUAAUCCAGAAUAAGAGAAGUCAAAGAAUGGUGUGA